AUGUUUGACCCGACGGUGCGAGAGGCCGACGUUACCAUUUGUGUUAUACUAACGGUUUUGUCGUGUUUGGACCAUAGUUUAAAAAUUGUGUGUGAAUAUAGAUUACGAAAGAGAACAAGCAGGUUGCAACAACUUUCUAACCAACUUGUUGCAAAUUCGGAACCGGAACCAGUCGAUGACGACGCAAGUUUGCAAGAUGGUUGUUCAGAAGUUCCAGAAUAUGAUACUAAUUUGAAGAAGGAAUUAUGA